GAGCCUGGUUUGUGCUAAUGUUUGCCCAAAAUGGAUAAAACCUUUUAGCUCCUAUACUAGCAGAAAGGCUGUUCUGAGUAUUUCUAAGGGAUCAUCAAGAUUUGGACAAUGCAUGUACUGCAAUAGUUUUGGGGAGUCUGGAUUUUCUUCCUUGAACUCUUAAAUUUUCAACAGCAUCAGUUUCAGCUUUACAGCACUGAAACGUGAAGUUGGGCUGAAAUCUAUAAAUUGGGAUAGCCUUGAUUAGCUGACACUUUAAUUAUAUACACUUCUCAUGUGAGAUGUCCUUCCCAGGAGUGAUACUGAUCAUCAACAGUAAAUAAGGCUCAGCCUUUACUUAUUCAAGUCUUGAGGUAGUGUGGCACUUUCUGAUGCAUUUCAUGAUAACCGAUGACAUUGCAGUAUGUUAAUAUAUGACAGGAUUAUGUAAUAUUUCAUUACAUGAAAACUGUUAAUUUUGCAUUUCUAAAUAACAUCACAUACCUACAUUUCUAUGGUCGUGUCUGAUCUGAGCAUUAUGUGAAGCAAUCUGCUCCUAGUAUCACUUUCUUUACAGUUCUUUUAUUUUUUUUUUGCAAAAUAAGAUUAUAUGCAGUUUGCUUAUAUCAAAGAGAAGCCUUAUUAAAGCAUGAUUCGUUUUUAAGAAAAAAAAGUGUAAACUUCUUCUUUGCUUCUUGAAAGAUUUAUUAGAGUUUUAUUAGAAAUUAAUACUUCAAGUUGCUUGGAGUGCAUUGAAGCCUGGUAUUUGAUGGACAAUGUCCAAAUUAUUCUGUACAAUUAAAAAGUAAACAAUUAUAAAGCUCUUCUUGAAAAAUAUAACAAGCAUAUUAUGAAGAUCGAAGAUUUUUUAAAUUACCGGUAAGGUUAUCAUCCGCUUAGAAAAUUUCUGAUUCUUACUCAGGGAACUUUUUUCUCAAGAUAGCAAUUUUGGGGGGAAAUACGAUGUUGAAAUCACAGGCAUUGUCAGGCAUAAAUAAGGAAGGAGAAUCCGUUGUCCCUUAUCUCCAACAACAGAGGAAGCCAGACUCAGCACCAUGCUCCGAAAGGGCGUCACCGAAAGUUUUGGGGCGGCUAUCUCCAGCCUCAAUGCUGCACAUUUGACUGAGACAGUAGUUCGGAGAAGCAAGAGGAUGAUUCUGGAUACACUGGGAGUGGGUCUCUUGGGCACCACCUCUGGUGUCUUCGGCAAAGUCUUACAGUACAGCAAAAUGUAUAAUGCAUCAAACACCAGUACGGUCUGGGGAAAACCUGAUAUCUCUCUCCCACCUCAAUAUGCAGCCUUUGUCAAUGGAGUUGCGGUUCACUCCAUGGAUUUUGAUGACACCUGGCAUCCAGCCACACACCCUUCGGGCGCUGUCCUUCCCGCCCUGCUCGCCUUGGCAGAGUCCAUGCACACAAGGCCCUCUGGUCUAGAGCUGCUCUUAGCUUUUAACGUGGGCAUCGAAGUGCAAGGAAGAUUAAUGAGAUUCUCCAAGGAAGCACACAACAUCCCCAAAAGGUUUCACCCUCCUGCAGUGGUGGGCGUUAUGGGAAGCGCCGCGGCAACAGCGAAGCUUCUGGGCCUGGAACGUACCCAGUGUCGAGAGGCACUAGCUAUCGCCGCGUCCUACGCGGGAGCCCCCCUGGCGAAUGCUGCGACCCAGACCAAGCCCCUUCACAUAGGCAACGCCACACGGAGGGGUCUGGAAGCGUCGUACUUAGCCCUGCUGGGGCUGGAAGGCAACAAGCAGGUUCUGGAUAUCGAGUCGGGCUUUGGGGCCUUCUACACAGACUACUCUCCGGACCCGCUGCCUCCCACCAGCUCCUACAGGUGGGUCCUGGAAGACCAGGACGUGGCCUUCAAGCGUUUCCCAGCUCACCUGGGAAUGCACUGGAUGGCGGACGCCGCGGCAGCAGUGAGGGGCAGGCUGCUGACGCGAAACGUCGACUUCCAACAGAUUGAAAAGAUAGUGCUGAGAGUGCCCAAUUCCAGAUACAUCAACUGCCCUUUCCCCGCCUCCGAGCACGAAGCCAGACACUCCUUCCAAUUCAACGCCUGCUCAGCCCUGCUGGACGGAAGGGUUUCUGUGGAAUCCUUCAGCCGCUGUGAAAGGGACAGGGCAGAGCUAAAAGACCUUCUUGCAAAAGUGCAGGUGGAAAGCCCAGCAGACAACCAGCCCAACUUUGAUACUAUGUACUGCGACAUCAGUGUGGAGUUGCAGAAUGGACAGUCUUUCACAGAGCGCUGCAACAGAUUUUAUGGUCACUGGAAGAAGCCUCUAAGCCAAGAAGACCUCCUUAAAAAGUUCAAAGCCAAUGCAACAACAGUGCUGCCACUGGAAUCUGUGGAGGGUAUUAUUGAAGCAGUAGAUAACCUUGAGAACAUCAGAGACUGCUCAGUGCUCAGCACAUUCCUGCAAGUGAAUGAGAAAACAUUAUUCCUGAACACAACCUCAUGUUAAACUCCAGCCUCUGACCUACUGGUAUUUCCCAAGUUACAAACCACAGCCUAUGACGUGUUCUGACAUUCUUCAUUGCAAAGUGAUUUUCCAUUUGUGGCAAUCUUGUUCAUGUGCUAAACUUUCCACCCUAGUAGGAGUUCGCAACCUUACUUUUAAGCACCUUAAAUUCCUCACACUUUUCUCUUAGUCACCCAGGCAAUGAGCUUUGGAAGCUGAAAUACAAAAUCAUUGUAAAUAUUUCACAGUUAUCCAUAGCUGAAGAAGUGUAUAUUUAACUUUUGUAUUCAGCAAUUUGGUUUUCUUUUGUAAUGCUUUAGUUUUUGCAUAGCUUUAUGUGAAUGCCAGGAAUUCUCUGAUGGAAGUAACUUAACUUUUGGCCUGUAAAGGUAAAGAACAUAUUAACUUUUACAAAUAUAUUUUUUGCUGCCAAAUCUUCCCUUUUAUACAUCCCUCAAACUGCCAAAUUUAAAAAACAGAAUUACGUUGGGUUAAAUUUAGUUAUUAAACAGGGAGAUAAUCAAUUAUCUAUUCCAUAAAACCAAUGUCUGAAACGUGCAUAACUUGCAUCAGGUAUAGACUUACCAAGUGAUACUGUAAGUGAUAAGAGGAAGGUCCCAACUCAGAAAAGGCCACUCACUUCCCCCUAGUCUUUUAAUAAAGAUUAGUUCUUCAAACA